UAACUACAGAACCUCAAUCACACCAGUGACGUGCUGCGCGUAGAUCGCAUCAACACAUCCCACAAUAAUGUUCACGUGGUCGAAGAAAAAGCGGCAGGGCACCUCACGCCCCGUUUCAAGAGAUCCAACCUAUGACCCAUUGCUCGCAAGCGAAGAAGAACAAGACUACGAAAACAAAACACCUGGUGAAUCCCAACGAUUUAUGACCUGGGCCGCCGUCCUCGGUAUCCUCGUCCUAUGCACAGCAGGAGCUUCACUCAUAACAGUCGGCACAAGCAGUCUACAGCCAUAUGCUUAUGAGCGAUAUGACCCGCGCAUCAAAAGGUGCGGCGAAACAGCCCAAGAAGCAACGACACGCGGUUGCGAGUUCGAUCCUAUCACGUUCUCCUGGUUGCCGCCCGACUGUGUCGACCAUGGCUUGAUCGACGAGUUCCGCGCCACGGGGUGGACCUUGUAUGCAGGUCGGAAUACAACAGCCACACUGAUCGAAGAGGACUGGGCCAUGGGAAUAGAUGAGAAAAGGCACGCCUGGCUUACCAGAAAAGACUAUAUACUCCACUGCGUUUUUGUGUGGAAGAUAAUGCACCGGGCUAUUGCGUUGGGGAGAAGCCUUCCCACAGUCGUGAGUUCGUACGCUGAGACCGAGCUUUGUGGUCGAAUAUUGGAGGAACAUGAGUCAGCAAAUGACAUUGCUUAUAAGGUCGCUGUACAAUUUCCGGCAUGUUAGUUUGUAGUAGACUAAGAUUUUUAUUCUAUGCUAUUAACGUACCUCACGGGUGUGUCGGUCACACGGGUGCGUCG